UCCUGCCAAGCUUGUGGCAAGUGUGUCGGGAGAGUGUGUACCGUGGUGGUGGUGGCUGUUGUGGGCUGAGUGCCGGCCGUCCAGAGGGCUACUAGUUAACCCGAAAGGGACUGUGCUAGUGUAGGAGUCCGUAUAAUGGCGGGACUUAUCAAUUUAGUCCUGGAGCGGGAUGGACACGACCAGCCAUGGGGCUUCCGGCUCCAGGGCGGCGUCGACGUGGCCAUGCCACUCUCCGUCCAGAGGGUGUUGGUGGGAACGCCGGCGGAUGGGACGCUCCUGAAGGGCGACAUUAUCACCAAGAUCAGCUGCACCGAGACCAAGGGCAUUACACAUCAACAGGCCGCAGAUCUCUUCAAUAACGCAGGCAACCAGAUCGCCGUCCAACUCAAAAGGGCGGGCGUGCAGACCACUCCAGCGGCAGCAACCUCCGCGGCACCUCUGGUCAACGGCAGCCCGGCUCCGGCACCUUCCUCAGUGCCAGUCUCAGGGAGCCAACCUGGCAUCAACACCAGUACCGCGGCGCGCAAAGAGAACCCAGCUGUGAGAUCCCUUCCCAAGACCCAGUUCGUCCUCAAGUCUGAUCUCCCUCGGCCGCAGAUACAACCCACCACCAACAUGGAGACCUUGUCCAUCCAGAGCCAGCCAUACCGCACGCUGCCUCUUGUGCAGCCCUCAGCUAAGGUGCGUUCGGACCUGGGCGUGGGUAGUAUCUCUCACCUCAAGAUGCAGGAUGACCACAUCUCGGGGUUGAAGGAGCCACAGUAUGUGCCACAGUCUCAGGCCUUGACGAUCAAAGCCAAGCACGACGAGCUAAUCAUGAAACAAAAGGUUACCGGAACUUUGCAACAAAUCCAACAGACCCAGCAGUCUCUCACCACAGCAACACAGGCGACAAACACUAACCUAGUCAACAAGCAGUACAACAGUCCUCUACCACUCUACUCCCAGGAGAACCUGCAGGAGGCGAUGAGGAUGCAAGCGUCGCCAACUCACACCCCGACCAUCAACCCCUCCCCAUUCCCCGCCACCAAGCACGUGCAGGUGACCCUCACCCCUUCCAAAGAAUAUAAUCCCCAGUCAAGUGCCACAUGGCGCGCGCUUCAGGAGACCGACGCGCCCAUUGACCCCGAGAGGGUUGCGAACUAUAAUGCCUUAAAGGAACACGAUCCCAUCUACUCGGAAGUUUACACAGCGCCCGUGGCCCCUAAACCAGGCCAGCGACCGGCGCAAAGAACCAACGCGCUGCCAGGCCCUCGGUCUCCGGUGUCUGAGUUCCUGCCAGCGCUGAUGAGAUCCGCCAGCGAGACGGACAACGUUACUCGAAGCUUCCUCACUCCACCCAGGACGGGCCCUUCUGCUGUGCUCUCCGCUACCUUAGCUGAGAGUAUGCCAGUCAACCACCAGAUGACCACCGACCGCGUCAAGAUUCCAAUGUACGAGGAAGACUACGACUACUACGCCACUCAGCUCGAGACGUAUCACCAGCCUCGCAGACCAGGAGGCCCUAAGACGAACGCCAUCGGCGGGAGAAAGAAGAUUGCCCAGACGGCCUCCUUCAAUAGGUUGAUGAUGGACGUGCUGGGGGAGUGAGCCGCUCCUCGACCCGCCCACCAACACGCCGCCCACUCUGCUCUAGGAUUACAUUUAUGUCACGUUUUUGAAACACUGAACUGCUUUGCCUCUAAACCGAAGUGAUUUGCCUCUUAAGGACUUAACCCCACGAAGUCAUUUUUAAGGAAGAUUCCGACAGCACAUUUGGUCACUGAGUCCAGACGCUGAAGGGCAGCCCUCGUCAUUGCUUCCCAGUCGACUGAGCCUCUGGUUGAUCAGCUCCUCCAUAGUGGAAAAUAGAGGGGAAGGAUCACCUGCAGUUACUGAAAAAUUAUAUAUUGAUUACCUCCCCGAGUACGCUUUUUCAUCAUAUUCCUUGUGUUCAGGAUAUUCUUCCGGUGAAAUAUAUCUUUGCGAUUUAAUGCUAGCCAUGAAUGUCUUAAAAAAAGCACAGUAUCA